CCACUUUUCCCGUUCUGACACACUGGGAAGUGGGUUUUUGGUGACAACUUCGCCUUUAUUUCCUCGACAGAAUAACGACAACAAAGACAGAUUGAUAACAAGUCAUUCUUACAAUCGUCUCAAACAAAGGAAUAAACCCUGAAUCGGAGAGAGAGCACAGUCAGCAAUGCUGACAGAUGCAGGUGGUGUUGCUGGAGGCGAGGGAGUGGAUUUGAGGGCGUGUGGCACGAUACAUCGCUGGGCGUGUGUCACUGUGGGUCGGGAGGCUCGGAUUGUGAACGGCUGUGUGAACAACCCCAUUGCACUGAUGAGCGAGCAGCUGAGCAUUAAGAUGCACAAGCUUGGGGAGAGGUGUGACCUGUUCCAGGAGGGAGGCAGGGCCACAGACCCAGCCAUCGACAACUGCAUGGACUUCAACGCCAUCCUGGAUAUGGUGUCAGAGUGGAGGAAGGACAAGUCUCAGAACCAGGACACCCCUCUGGGAGGUGCUACACAUUCUGUAUAUGAGAUGUCGGCUCGAUCCUUGGACCACAAUGAGUUCUUUGCCCAGUUCUCAGGAGACCACACACUGAUGGCAGAGGGCUACUCCUCUGUGCUUAACAAACUUGCUGAGGGCCUCGACAUCCGCAUUAAGAGCCCGGUGAGCCACUUAAGGACUAUGGCUAUGUCCCAAUUAUCUCUCCUUCCUCCCAACGUGUGCACUUGUUCAAUUCCCUUCACUGAUUUGAAAGGAAAUUACAGGUAUGAGAAAUAUGGUGGUGGUAACUAUCGACUACUCAAGAGAUGUCGUCAAAGUUACCUCAUCCGAUGGGACUCAGUGGACAGCACAGAAUGUUCUGGUGAUAGUCCCACUGACUUUACUUCAGAAGAAUAUAAUUACAUUCAACCCUCCACUUCCUGAGAGAAAGUUGAAAGCCAUUCACAGUCUUGAAGCAGGUGUCAUUGAAAAGGGAAGGGUUUAGAGCUGCAAUAUCUUUUGGGUGAUUUAAAAGAAACUGGUUUAUCCUGUCACCAAAAACGGUGUCUUGACAAAUCAAAUCAAAUCAAACACGUGUAUCCUUGACUAGUCUGUCAAAGCACUUCAUGAUGACAGAGGUG